AAUCAAUCGAGCGAAUCACCAGCAGCGUCGUCCUUGCUGCCCAGCAUUUUUUUUUUUUCGUCAUUCGUGCUGGCCGAGUAUUUUCAUCGGCGAUGAUUGGAUUUAUAGUUGCGACUCUUAUAGUUAAUAAGUUUAGCAAUAGAUGGCUGUUUUUUUACAUAUCAAGAGAAUUGUGUCGCAAUUUUCAAACAAGCCCUUCCGCAUUUGGAAUUUUUGUGUGUAUGUUCAAAUCCCAUUUUCGCUUUUGAUUUCAUUUUCUUGCAACAUCGACGACUUUACUUAUUUUUUAAAAUAGUCGGUUGAUUCAAUCUUUGUCCUUGCUUGAAUAUUCACAACGACUUUCAUCACCUUUAUUCAAUCAGCGAGCGCUGAUUGAAUCAAGAGGUUCACUCAAUUGGCGACUGUAAUUGGAUCGCUCAAUCACGUCAUGUCCCAAUCCCGGCGCUUGCGAAGAACAGCGUCUUCUUUGAUUUCACGUUUUGUUUCUUUUCUGCUCAUUUUGUUUUUCAACAUUUCGUUCGUAGAAAGAAAGAGAGACAUUCAUUCGAUUCAAGUUGGUAUCACACGAAAAGAAAAGCAUUUAGGCCUACAAGUCUCGUUAUUAUGCGCUGGAAAGAUGGCUUGUAAAUCAUUCAAUCAAAGUGCAGUUUUUUAACUUAAUGGUGGCUCUGUCACUGAAAUGGUCGACUGAUUGAUAAAAGUGGCCCCUCUCAUCGUCUCACGAAGUUAUGAUGUCCUCGACUCUGUUUCAAAACGGGCCAGUCUGUUAUUUGUUUUCUUCCAUACAAUAAUUGCUGGCCGUUUGAAACCGUUACAGCUGAAACUCUUCUUUAAACUGUGCUGCAUAACUUCGAUCUAAAACUGAACCCCAUUCCAAUAGUUCUUAAAACGAAACGAAAGAAAAAUAGCGAAAAGAAAAGGAAUUUGCUUUUCAUUUCGUAGCCUAUAACAUAGUGGUUAGACGGCCACCUUAUCGCUGUGGACCAGUAAUGUUUCUGUUUCUUGGGGAGAACAAACAACAAAAAACAAAACAAAAACAAAAUCUUCCAAUAAACAAAGCGUCACUUCUUUUCGAGGAGCAACAACAACUUAAGAAAAAAAAAAAAACGAAAAAUAGGAAUGAGAUCAACUCAAUCUAGCCACAGUGUUUUAGCGAUUGCGUCGAUGUUGGAGGCGAACGUUUGCUCUAACUAAAGAAAAAAAAGAAGAAGAAAAAUAACGACUGUUAUUGUUGAGAUGUGUGGGUCUCUUGUCACCGCUUUGCUACCAACAACAACCACCACCGCACCACUAGUGGAAAAACUGCGGUUUCCGUUCUAUGCUGAUAACUAACUGCUUCACUAUUGGAAGUUGAUCAUCUCCCUCUUUUCUCGCCAACCCAAACGCGUUCGAAAAACUGGCUCUCCAAAAAAGUUGGAGCUCGUUACUAAACAAGUUCUUAUUUUUCUGGCACAUUUUUUGUAUUUGACUUUCUUCAGUCACGCUGUGUCGUCCAUGUUCGAUGAGUUGCGUUUUCACAAACGAUAUAUAGCCCCACACUGAUUUGGUUUCUGUUUGAAAGUUGGGGCUCGGUCAGUUGCGUGUGCCAAUUGUGUAUGGCUCUUUUCGGUUUGCACCGGUUGACGUCCAGUUAUCACCUUGUUGAGAUUCACCACUUGUCGUUUCAUUUGGAAAAGAUAUACCGGCCCAGGUGCCACCACUGACACCGGGUACCAACAAGAAGAUGACAGAGGCUCUCAAAGCCUCGUUUGCUUCGUGGGAGAAGGAACAGGAGCGUCUGAGCAUCCCCAAAGAUCCUCGAUUGUGGUCGGAGAGUGACGUCUCGCGCUGGCUCAACUGGGCCAUCAAAGAAUUCUCGCUGGAAGGUGUGGUGCUGCAGCACUUUCGCAUGCGAGGCCGCGACAUGUGCGCCAUGGGCAAGGAGAACUUUCUGGCCCGAACGCCUCCCUUCAUGGGCGACAUCCUCUGGGAGCAUCUCGAGAUUCUACAGAAAGACGUGGAACGUGCAGCGCUCGGCAGUGUACCAGCCAAUUUUUAUGAAUCCAUUUGCGUUCCAGUGCCGGAUUUGAGAGACUUUUUGGCCGGCAGUAGUGCCAAUAAUAACACGGGCAGUAGCAAUAAUAACAAUAACAACAACAGCAACAGAGGAGGAUUUUCUCCGCCACCUCCGCCGGCCGUUUCAUCCUCAUCCGGUGGCGUUUCAAAUUCACCGUCCAACGCCUCGACGCCGGCCGGUUCGUCUUCGACGACGGCACAGCCACCUGCUGGAUCGGCCGGUGCGCAGGUGACUGGAUCGUCUCCCCUUUCAGUUAUCGGCUCAUCCAUCCAGCCAGUGUCUCCGCCUACACCGCCCACGCCUCCGGCACUCAAAAUGAUGUCGCCCAUCUCUCAACAGCAACAACAACAGCAACUCAACAACGUCCUGUCUUCGAUGAAUCCAUCCAGAUUGGCCGUUUCAUCCACUUCCAACGGUGUCACAUCCUACCUAGAAGGUAGCAUUGGCCAUCAAAAUGCAGUCGAGAUGGAUCGUGGCGCAUUGAAUUGUGUUUCACUAUUUUCGAUAGAACUUGAUUCACUGUAUAAUACGAUGGGAGUUCUCUUUCUUUCUUAUACCGUUCUGUGUCUAGUCGUCUACCAUCUUCUUCUUCCUUUUUUCUUUUAUUUUUUGGUCCAUUGUCCCGCGCCGAAUUCAAACCUACGAUGCCUAUUGUUGUCAUUCGAAUUCCCAUCGAGCGGUACAGAACGUCGAGCCUGGCCUUCUUCGCUCGGCUGCCGAGCACCUCAUUUUCCCUCCUCUUAUUUGAAUCGAGUCAUUCUUUUCUUUAUGAAUGCAAAGGGAUUUCGUUUUUUCUUUCUUUCUUUCUUUCGUCUUCUUUGGGGAGGGUGGGGAAGGCGCAGUUGUUGGUGUGCGUGUGUCAAUUCUGAGUAGACCUCAUUGAUCAAUAAUCGUCGGCCCGAGCUCACUGUACACGCACCUAUUCAUUCGACUUUGUGUGUGAUUGUGGACCCCCAGACUGUUCUCCGAUAUGAAACCUCCUCCCUCUUCCGGCGACUGAUUUUUACCAUUCUUUUUUUUUUGUGUGUGUUGUUGUUGUAUACAUUCAUACUAUCAUUCAUGUUAUCAUCGUUCAACUCGAACUCCAUUUUUUAUUUGAUUUUUUUCAAUUCGAAAGUUUCACGCAUGGCAAACUUUGUUUGCCCUUAUCAAAACAAAACAAAAAAUGGAUUUCAACCAAAUUUGAUGUACGGUUAUGACGACGUCGAAAGAAAACGAUUCAUCUCAUUUCAUUUUCUCCAAUCAAUUGACUACCACGGAUUAAGAGAUUUUCGGAUUCAAAUUAAAACACAUCAAUCAAAAAUAAACGUUCCUUUUCUCUUCGAAAUUUGUGCAG